UCCCUUCUGUUUCUCUCCGCCUCUCUCACUCCAUACUUGUCUCCUCAAAUUUCUACCCUCUCCUCUCUCUAAAAACUCCUACCAGAUCUUCUCGUGUUCUUCCGAUUUCCGAUCCUACUGAAACUAUGGCAUCAUCGGCGCGUGAAGAGAAUGUCUACAUGGCCAAGCUCGCCGAGCAGGCAGAGCGCUACGAAGAAAUGGUUGAUUUCAUGGAGAAAGUCUCCGGCGCACUCUCUGGCUCCGAUGAACUCAGCGUCGAGGAGCGCAACCUCCUCUCCGUCGCUUACAAGAAUGUCAUCGGCGCUCGCCGCGCUUCCUGGCGUAUCAUCUCCUCGAUCGAGCAGAAGGAGGAGUCACGCGGUAACGAGGACCAUGUCUCUGUGAUCAAGGGUUACAGAUCCAAGAUCGAGAAGGAGCUUUCUGACAUUUGCGACGGGAUUUUGAAAAUGCUUGAUACCAAACUCGUUCCUUCUGCAUCCUCCGGUGAUUCCAAGGUCUUUUAUCUCAAGAUGAAGGGAGAUUAUCAUCGAUACCUUGCCGAAUUUAAGAGCGGCGGUGAACGUAAAGAGGCCGCCGAGAGCACUCUCAAUGCUUAUAAGGCCGCUCAGGAUAUUGCAAACACUGAACUUGCUCCAACACAUCCAAUUCGUCUUGGACUUGCUCUUAACUUCUCAGUUUUUUACUAUGAGAUUUUAAACUCUCCAGAUCGUGCAUGCAAUCUUGCCAAACAGGCUUUUGAUGAAGCAAUUGCUGAGCUGGAUACAUUGGGGGAGGAUUCUUACAAGGAUAGCACUUUGAUCAUGCAACUUCUUCGUGAUAAUCUUACUUUGUGGACAUCUGAUAUGCAGGAUGAGGGGGCUGAUGAGAUCAAGGAAGCAGGGGGGGCUGCAAAGCAAAGUGAGGAGCAAAAGGAAUGAGUUGAUUUUAAUUUUAUAUAUUAUUGUUUUUAAAUUUGUUAGAAGGUUUGAUUAUAUAUUGGUAAUUUGUUAUUGAAGAAUUGAAGUGUGUUGAAUUAUAGUUGUUGGGAUUUUAAUUUAUUUGCAAUCUUCUUAUAUGCA